AUGAGGCUUGUGGAAAUCCAGAGAAGAGUAUUCGAGGAAAAUGAAAGGGCCAACAUGGAGACCUCAGAUGGAGCCAUGCCCGGCAUGGUGGAGCAGGCGAAAGGAGGACACUCUGGAGAAGCCAGGAGGCAAGUGAUAAAAAAUGAGGAAAAGACAGAAACUCAGCCAGCCAACGAGUCUCUGAAACCUCAACGAGUCCAUUUUCAAUCCCGAAAUUUUCACAACAUUUUGCACUGGAAGCCUGGGCAGGCUUGUCUUGGGAACAACAGUGUCUAUUUUGUGCAGUAUAAAAUGUAUGGAGAGAGACAGUGGAAAAAUAAAGAGAACUGCUGGGGGAUUCAAGAGUUCUUCUGUGACCUUACCAAUGAAACGUCAGAUAUAUGGGAACCUUAUUAUGGGAGAGUGAGGACAACUCUGGCUGGGAUCCACUCAGGCUGGACCAUGACACAGCGGUUCACUCCAUGGUGGGAAACAAAAAUAGAUCCUCCAGUCAUGAGUAUAACCCAAGUUAAUGGAUCUUUGUUGGUAAAUCUCCAUGCUCCCAACUUACCAUACAGAGACCAAAAAGGGGAAAAUGUAUCAAUGGAAUACUAUGAGCUAGUAUAUCGAGUCUUCGUAAUUAACAAUUCACUGGAAAAGGAGCAAAAGGUGUAUGAAGGAGCUCACAGAGUUGUUGAAAUUAAAGUUCUGUCGCCUCACACCGGUUACUGCGUAGUGGCUGAGAUAUACCAGCCCAUGUUAGGCAGAAAAAGCCAGAGAAGCCGAGAGAGAUGCGUGGAAAGUCCUUGAAGUGCUC